AGGCUCUGCGCCCCCCAGGCUGAAGGUUAGAAAGUAACUGCAGAAAGUCGGACACUUGGGAAGUAUAGUACAAUUCCAUCUGGUGUUUUGGGCUACACGUUAUGAACCCUUUCUGGAGCAUGUCUGCAAAUUCUACGCGCAAGAAACCGGAAACGGAAGAGAAGACUCUGGUUGGCGAGCUGAAGACUAGUCCUCCUCCACGCUCCGCUCCCAAGAAACAGCUGCCUUCUAUUCCCAAAAAUGUCCUGCCAAUCACCAAGCCUGCUUCCCCUGCCCUGUCAGCUCAGUCUACAAAUGGAACCCACGCCUCCUACGGACCUUUCUAUUUGGAAUAUUCCCUGCUGGCAGAAUAUACUUUAGUUGUGAAGCAAAAGCUGCCGGGAGUCUAUGUUCAACCUUCUUAUCAGUCCGCAUUAAUGUGGUUUGGAGUAAUAUUCAUAAGACACGGGCUAUACCAGGACGGUGUGUUUAAGUUUACAAUCUACAUCCCUGACAAUUAUCCUGAUGGAGAUUGCCCACGCUUGAUUUUUGAUCUGCCCAUUUUCCACCCGCUGGUGGAUCCUGUCUCAGGUGAACUGGACGUGAAGAGAGCAUUUGCCAAAUGGAGGCGCAAUCAUAACCACAUAUGGCAAAUACUGAUGUACGCGCGCAGAGUUUUUUACAAGAUUGACACAACUAACCCUCUCAACCCUGAAUCUGCUGUGCUGUAUGAAAAAGAUAUUCAACUCUUCAAGAGCAAAGUGGUUGACAGCGUAAAAUUAUGCAGCAGUCACCUAUUUGAUCCCCCCAAAAUUGAAGACCCCCAUGCAAUUAGCUUUUCUCCCUGGAAUCCAGCUAUACACAAUGAAGUGAGAGAGAAGAUGUUGACUCAGAAGAAGAAAGGAGAUGACCAGCAAGGCAAGAAUAUGCAAGUCUCCGGCCUGUCCUGGGUGAAGCCGGGCUCCGUUCAACCGUUCAGCAAAGAAGACAAGACUCUUCCUACUUAGCUACCGAAAAGGAUGAAAACACUCCCAAACACUUUUGACCGGAAGGAGGAACGUAAACAGAGCCCAACAGCAAAAACUGUGGUUCUCCUUCUUGACUUUGGAUUAGUAAAAGAGUAAAAUGCUAGCGACGACUAAAGGAACCCUGUACAGUGGGGUUUACUUGGGCUCUUCUUGAUGUUUUACGUGGGUUUUAAUUGCAGCCGGCAAGUAGGUUUUAUAAGGCCGGGCUUCUGUAGGGAAGCCCGUCGCGUGUGGGUAAAUGAAUGGCUCAGGAUUUAAAUGUAGCUUGAGGUUCUCAAUGGGUUCCUUUUUAAAGUUUUUUUUUUUAAUGUAAAGAAUCAGGCCAGAAAAAACUCAUUCCAGAGAUAAUCUGUGUUUGUGUAAACUAAUAUAGCAGAGUAAAAUAACUAUAUUUAAAAACUUUUAAAUGCAUUGGUUUCUAUUGUAAAUAUAUUAGGAUGUGGAAUUUGUAAAUACUUGGUUCCAAUUCCUUCUAGCCUUGUUAGGGGCAGAAAGGCCGAGACUGAUUAUGUAUUAUGUGUACCGAUUUAUUUUUUUUUUCCCCUUUUCUCCUUUACAGAUGUUGCCAUUCCUGGCUGCUUCUAACAUAACCUGUCCCAUAAUCUUUAGGGCUACAACCAAAUUGCCUGCAAGAAUCAUAUAGGAGAAAAGAUUUUACUGCAGAGAUUUUACUUAAGUAGAGAACUCUCUCAUUGUGAUAGUUGCAUGCAUCUUAACUCAAAUAGCCUAAAGAUGUGUGGAAGUAAUAUUAGAGGCAGCCCUAAAUAGUACGUUAGUCAGGAAA